AUGAAACGAAUUCAAGAAAUUCAGCAAAAUUUGGAGCGUCUUUCUGAAAUGGACGAACAUUUGGAAAACUGUGAAGAAUGGAAUUUCGUAGCUCAAGAAAUUGUGAAAAAGUUGAGUACAAUCAGGAAAGAAGUUGAGAGAAGUGUUGCGACGACCCCAGUUUUACUCACUCCGCCGGGCUCUUGUGGAUCCGGAAGCAUUUAUUCUGACACGUCAUCUGGAAUAGACAAUGUCUACGCAGAAGCAGUUGAAGCAUACGAUCAACAGAUAUAUUCGAGAUGUGUUCGAUUGGUUGAAAGUGCGAAUCGAGAGUCUCCAGUCGACAUGUGUCUCAUUUCUCUAGCACAUCAUUCAUAUGCAGAGAUGGUCAAUGCUGCAAGUGGAUCAGAUGAUGCAAUGAAGUUUGCAAAAUGGUGGGCUGAAUUCUUGGAUUCAGUGGAAGCAGGAAGAGGACACAGUGAGAAAAUAGAAUUAUUGGAUUAUGAAGCAGUUGCUUAUGAGAAAAUAGUACGAUUGGGAGGAAUUUCUGAUACUGAGAAACUGAUUGAAGUGGUUGUCAGAAGUUAUGAGAUGGUGACACUUCUCAACCGUCCUUAUCACAUUCUUUCUCUUCAAAAAUUGUUUCGAUUGGCAAAUGUUCUCAAUUCGGAACUGGACUAUGAAUCCGAUUCAUUUUCGUACGCGAAAACAGUUGUGCUCACUGGGAUUAAGAAUGUCCUCAGAGAUCGAAAAAAGUGUUCUCAACUUGGAAAAUAUAUGGAGCAUAAUAUGAAAAUGUGCGAUGAACUUCUCGGUCAAAUAUUCGAUUUUGAAUUUGUGAAAAAAGAUGAAAAUGCUGCUUCUUGCCGUCUUAUGUCAAUGUCGCCAGUUCCAGUGGAUGGACUAAAUAAUAUUGUUAUGAGACUUUAA